UUCACAGACCCAACAAUAAAGAGCUUCCCUCCUACAUUUCAGAGAUUCUUUGUGUGUUUCAAAGGGGUUAAAGAUGGAUGUUUCAUCAAAACAUUUUUAGGUGGGAUGUUAUUGUCUGCCAUUGGGAGAGACUCCAAUGAUCAAAUGUUUCCAGUACCCUGGGCAAUAGUGGAAGGGGAAAACAAUUCAAGUUGGGAAUGGUUCUUAGGUGAACUAAAAAAACUUAGAGUGUUGUUGAUGCUGACCUCACAUUCAUUUCAGAUGAACACCAGGCAGUCCAUUUUGAGGGGAGUGGCUAAAGAAUUCCCUUUAGCUGAGCAUAGGCAUUGUGACAGACAUGUAUUUUCACACUAGCAUAAAAAUCACAAGGGUGAUGAAAUGAAAAUGCUAUUCUGGAAAGUUGCAAAGGCAUACAAUGAAGUUGAUUUGGAGGAAGCUUUAGAAGAAAUGAAAAAUAUUACUCCGGCUGCAGUGAGUUCUUUUAGAUCACACAACCCAACUUGUUUUUGUAGAGCCUUUGUUAGGACAACCAGUAAAUGUGAUGUCAAUGUUAGUAAUAUGGCUGAAACACUUAAUGGUUACAUAAUACAUGCUAGAGCAAAGCACACUAUUUUCAUGCUUGAAGACAUAAGAGGUGCAUUAAUGCAAAGGCUAGUUGUGAAAAGGCAGCAGGUGGAAAAAACAAGUGGUAUGUUGUGUCCUAAAAUUAAGGCUAGGCUUGAGAAAGAAAAAGAUGAGGCUGCCAAUUGUACCCCUUUGCCAUCUAGUCAGAUUUUGUUCCAAGUGUGCCACAGACUAGACAGUUUAAUAGUUAAUUUAGAAGCUAGAACUUGCACUUGUAGGAAGUGUGACUUGAGUGGAAUACUAUGUUGUCAUGCCAUUUCAUGCAUUUUCUUCAUGAAUGACACACCUAAGAAUUAUGUGCAUACCUGCUACAUGUACUCAGGGGGUAUUGCACCCCUUACUGGAGACAGAAAUUGGCCUAAGGUUGAUAUGCCUUUAGACCCCCCACCUAUUAAGAUUGGUCCAGGUAGACCUAGGAAAAAUAGAAUGAAGUCACCCCAUGAAAACCCUAAGAAGCCUGGAAAGUUAGCAAAGCAUGAUGUUGAGAUGGCAUGUAGUGUGUGCAAGUCAAAAGAUCAUAACAAGAGAAAAUGCCCGGAUAAAAAAAAGGCAGUUCAAGCUCAAGAAAAAAGAAACAGGUGCAGACCAAAGAAAGCUAUUCAGACUGAAGAACAAAAACAAAGCAAUGAUUAAUCUAAUGCAGAGCCUUCAAGAAUAGGGAGGGGAGGAAGACUUAUUCAAGCAAGAGGAAGUAACACAGGGGGUAGAGGCAGAGCACCUGGGGACAGAAGAGGGAAAGCUAAAGCAGUAAGAGGAAGAGGUAGGGGUCAGAUUCCUGUUGGAUUUGAUUCCUUAUUGAUGGAGAAGGAAACACUUGGACCAAUCCUCCAGAGAACCAAGGUGGUCCAAGUAAUUUAUCAGAUCCUUCAGUUGGUUCUUCAUUUGCUUAGCUUGCAGUCCAAAGUUGCAGUCCAAUGAGGCGAUUUUUAGUUGAAGACUAUGUGUAUUUUGAAGCUCUGUAUUUGGAAGAUUUUAAGUUUCAGACUUUUAGUUGUAGUCAAU